UUCAAACUUUAAUUAUAUUUAUAAUUUAAUAAAUAAAUCUUGAAAAUUUUUAUAUAUCAACUUUUCUGCUUAUUUUGAUUUCUAGAAUUCGAUUCUUCGAUUCUUCAUGGAAACUCUCGUAUCCAUGUAGUAUAUGUAAUCUUCACAAAAAUAUCGAGAUAAUAAUAUCUUUUUAUUCUAAAAACAAGACAUAAUUUGGAGAUUCAUUGCAAACAUUAUAAAAGCUUAUUUUAUUUAUUUAAUUCUUCUUAAAAACUAACUUUCUUAAAAACAAGCAAAUGCAUACAUUAGCAGAACCCAGAGAUAACAAAGAGAUAUUUCCACCAAAAGGAAAUCUUCAUUUAUCAUCGUAUAAAAGAUUGGGUCCAGGAACUAUUUGUACGGGAAUUUCAGAAACGCAAGCCAUGUUAUCACAAAUAGAAUUAAAAGAUCAAUAUGAACCAAUUAUUCCGCAUCGUGCUUUACAUAAAAUGAAGAAACUUAUAGAAGAGGUGCCCGAAGAAGAAGAACCUACAUUAACAGAUAUAUUGUACGAUGCCGAAGAAGCUCGUAGGAUGGAUUAUCGGACGACAUCAGGAAGUCAUUACAGAUUACCUUAUCCCAUGAAACCUAGAGCAUUACCAUUGCCGCCAAAACCGGAACCAUGGUUGUUGCAUCGACGAACUAUUGGGUACAGUCUGGAAGAAUUGGAAAGGCGAAAGGGGAUAAAUGUGUUUCUGGAUGAUAACAUGGAACUCCAUCGAGAAGUCGCAGAUAUAAAAUUAAAAAAACAUAAAUUGCAUUCAUUUCGAGAUUAUAGUUUUCCAGAAUAUAAUUAUAUCGAUAAAAAAGAAUGCACUCAAUUAAUUACCGAUAAGAUUAAAAAAGAAGUUACUGAUCAGAUCGAAAAGAUUAAUGAUCAGAUUGAUUUUUCUGAUGUAAAAGAAUGUCAACGAAUUACUAGUCAGAUUCAGCAAGUUAUUGAUUCCCCCAGUAUAAAAGAAUUAAAAAUUACUAGUCAAAUUCAAGAAGCUACUGAUUCUUCUAAAGCAAAAGAAUGCAAUCUAGAAAUUAUUGGUCAAGUUCACGAAACUAAUGAUUUUUCUAAUAUAAAAGAGUGCAAUGCGCAAUUUACUGAAGAGACUCAAGAAGCUAUUGAUUCUUCUAAUGUAGAACAAAGCAAUCCACAAAUUAUCGAUCAGACUCAAGAAACUACUAAUUCUUUUAAUGUAGAACAAAUCAAUCCACAAAUUACUGAUCAGAUUCAAGAAGCUAUUGAUUCUUCUAAUGUAGAACAAAGCAAUCUAUAUAUUAUUGAUCAGACUCAAAAAGCUAACGAUUAUAUUGUAAAAGGAUGCAAAAUGGAUGAAAUGUAGAAAUUUAAUAGAAUAUUUUAAAAAUAUAUUUUGUCAUUGAAUUUAAAAUAAAUAAUAUAUUAUUAUAACAAAAUAUGCUAGUAUUAUAUUUUAUUAUUAUUUAUAUAUUAAUAUAUUAUAUAAAUAAUAAAAGCUGUAAAAUUAGUGCAUAUAUAUAAAAUAUAAUAUUUCUGAAACCUAUUUAUUUAUACAUAGUUUUUCAUAUAAUUUUCAUACAAUUCUCAAAUAUUUUCCAAAAAUUAAAUUUUAUUUUUAAUUAAAUUCAAUUUUACAAAAUUAUCAUUAUCUACUGAUAUUUCAUCAAAAUAUUUUAUCAAACAAUUGUUAAGAAAUUUAAGAAGAUAAAAUUCAGUUAAUUUAAAAAGAGAGAUGUAAUCUACAAUGGGAAACAAAGAUAUCUGUAUAGAAAUUAAAUAACUAUAAAAAUUGUAAUAAAACUAAAAUGGCAAGAAAUUGUACAAAAUAAAAAAAUUAAUUUC